AUGGCGGAGGGCGACAAGGACAGAGUUCCCGUAGCAAGGGAGGGAGGGAGUGGCUUUUUCUCCAGUUCCGCUGCUGCUGCUCUGCGCUUGUGGCCGCGGGGCCGCGUGGCUGCCUGGCGGGCCGCGGUUGGCCCCGGCGUGCAUCUUAUCUGUCCCGCCACCGGAUGCCUCCUUUAUGAUUCGCAACUCUCCCUUUCCGCUCUCUCGGCGCUCUGCCGCAGGCCUUCGCUUUUAUUGCUGAGUCCUCGUCUCAGCCAACCGGCCUGGCCUGGCCUUGCCUUCCCUUUCAUUGAGCUCCUUCGCAGCGCUGGGCUGCUGCUGCUGCUGCUGGGUGGGGUGGCUGGCCAGGGGACGAGGGUCGCUAAAGCACUCGGGUCCAGUCCGCGGCCCAGUCCGCCUUCUGCUGCUGCUGCUACUCCCAACCUUACCGGACUCGCUUUUCCUGCUGCCCAACAUGAUGGCAAUUAA